ACAAGAAAUUUAUUUUCAGCAACCAUUCGUUCAAAAAAUAGUAAAUCAUUUCACUUUUUCGAAAUAUCUGUUGAAAAAUGGAGAAGAUUCUUGGAUUUACCGUUGCAUUUUUACUGGUUUGGGGAACCGUGCAUGCCAAAUUCUUUAGAUUCGAAGAUUGUACAAAACUGCAGACGGCUUACGUAGAUGCUUCGGAAUUCGUAGUGCGUCCAGAUCCAAUUAAUCUCCAGUCUCAACUGAAUGUUACCACAUGGUUAAAAGUCUUAAAGGAAGUUCCUGAAGGUGCAGUUCUCAAGGCUUCUUAUUACAAGCUAAAAAAGAUUUUCGGUGUGGAGGUUGAUGUUUAUGUUCCUUGCCUACUCAACAAAUUUGGAUCUUGGUAAGUUAUUUCACACUAU